GAGCAUGCUGCCGGCGUGAAGAAGGGAUGAGGCCGCGUACGGGGACUCCAGCGGGCCACAGCUGCGGCCUUCUUCUCACCGACGCUGCUGCAAGAGCCGCCAACGCGACACCGUCACCGUCAUCACAUCAGCAUCUUUGGUCAUCAGGUAGAUCCAGGAGCAUGAGCAGAACUUUGAGCUGCGGGAGCAGAUGUCUGGCUACAAGCGCAUGCGGCGGCAGCACCAGAAGCAGCUGAUCGCCCUGGAGAACAGGCUCAAGGCCGAGAUGGACGAGCACAGGCUGAGGCUGCACAAGGAGCUGGAGACGCAGGCCAACGACACUUACGUGGAGCUGGAGAGGCUGGCCAAGCGCCACGCCGCUCAGACCGACAAAGAGAUGAAGUCGGUGUGUGCUGAGGAGAGGAGGAUCCAGCAGCAGAUCGUCGCUCAGCAGAAGAAGGAGCUGACGGCCUUCUUGGAGAGCCAGAAGAAAGAGUACAGACUCUGCAAGGACAAAAUCAAAGAGGAGAUGAGCGAGGACCCGUGCGCCCGCAAGGAGGAGAAGCAGGAGCGUCUGUCGCGGCACAAGGAGACGCUUCAGCGCUCGCACGCCGAGGACGAGGCCGACCUGCUGGCCCAGCAGCGGCUCGUCUACGAACGCAGCUGCCGCGCGCUCAAACGCCGAAGUCUGCUCAGGAAGCACGACUUCGAACAGGAGCAGCUCCGAGAGGAGCUGAACAAGAAGAGGAGCCAGAAGGAGAUGGAGCACGCCCUGCUGAUCCGUCAGGACGAGGGCACGCAGGACCUGGAGCGCCGGCAGCUGCGCGCGCUCCACAAGCUGCGCGCCGAGCUCGUGCGGCUGCAGCACCGCACCGAGCUGGAAAACCAGGAGGAGUACAACGGCCGCCGGCAGCGGGAACUGGCGCGCAAACACGCGCUGGAGCACCGGCAGCAGCCCAGAGACCUCAAGGCGCUGGAGCUGCAGAUCAAGAAGCAGUUCCAGGACACCUGCAAGGUUCAGAACAAGCAGUACAAAGCUCUGCGCAACCACCAGCUGGAGGUCUCGCCCAAAGCCGACCACAAGAGUCUCCUCAAGGGCCUCAAGGAGGAGCAGACCCGCAAGCUGGCCGUGCUGGCCCAGCAGUACGAGCGUUCCAUCAACCAGAUGACGGCCUCGCAAGCGAUGAGGCUGGAGGCCGAGCAGGAGUCGGAGUGCGAGGCCCUGAAGCAGCAGCUGAAGCAGGAGAUGGAGCUCCUGGGCGCCUACCAGACCAAGACCAGGUCCCAGUUGGAGAGCCAGCAUGAGCGGGAGCUGCAGAAACUGGAGCAGAAGGUCUCCGUGCGCAGGGCCCACCUGGAGCAGAAGAUGGAGGAGGAGCUGUCGGCUCUGCAGAAGGAUCGCAGCGAGAGGAUCAAAACUCUGCUGGAGCGUCAGGAACGAGAGAUUUUGUCCUUCGACAGCGAGACUCGCAUCCUGGGCUUCGGCAGUCUGGGCUCUCUGGACUUCUUCCCCAAAGACGACAACAGAUGAAAGCGGACCGGCGGCCACCUUUUCCUUCUUUUCCCUUUUUUGGGAACGGCGGAGAACUCGUUUGGAUCCUCUCCAUCUUGUUGGUGGGAUUAUUACUCCUCCUCCUCUCGAUUUUUGGUAUGAAGUGAAUAAUUCAGGAAAUUUUUUGCUAAAAUGGGCACUUUGAUAUGUUUCAGUAGAACUCUGUCGUGGGUGUGUGUGUGUGUGUGUGUGUGUGUGUGUGUGUCGAACAGGGGUGGGCAAAGUAUGGCCCGGGGGUCACCUGGGUCAACUCUGUUCUUUUACAGUUUGCAUUCAAGUAACUGUUCCCCCCACCCCAAUACAAUUGGUUAAUUAACAUACAUUAAUUGAUUUUUAAACAAAAAAUACAUUUUGUAUUAAUUUAGAUCAAAUAAUUGGUUAAUUGAUUUAUUGUAGAUGAUACAAAAAAAUAUUUUUUGUAAAAUAUUUAUAAAAUAUUUAUCUUUAGCAAUUUCGCGUUUAUUUUGUAAAAUAAUCAGUUAGUUAAUUGUGAUUCAAUUAUGAAUAAAUAAUAAAUACAUAAAAUACACAAUGAUAAAAAAAAAAAUUUUUGGUAAAAUAUUUACAAAAUAUUUAUCUUUAGCAAUUUUGCGUUUAUUUUGUAAAAUAAUCAGUUAGUUAAUUGUGAUUCAAUUAUGAAUAAAUAAUAAAUACAUAAAAUACACAAUGGUGAAAUGUAUAGGCCAAAGUAUUUAUUUUAUUAUUUUCAAUAAAUCCAUUAACCAAUAAUUUAAUGGAGCUAAUGAAGAGGAUUAGAACAAAAUAUUUUGUGUUCUUGGUUGAUUUUACAUGGAAAAGAAAAAAAGACAAAUGAACAAUUUUAUAUAUGCAUAUUUAACAUUGUAAAAACAUAUUUCAUGAAUUCAUUAUAAUUACAUUCAUGAUAAACAUACAAAUAUAAUAGUGAUAAAUGAAACAAUUUGAUGUAAUUUGCAUCCACAUUGUGUAUGAAUGAGCUGGACCAUCUGUCCCAUUUUAAAAAUAAAAUGUGACCCUUGAAACAUUUCUUCAUGAAUUAUGCAGUCUUGCCUUGAGAUACGAGUGACCCGACUUGUGAGUUUGUCGCGUCGCCGUCGUUGAGCAGACUUUUUUGGGUUGGACUUGCGAGCAAAAACAUAAACAUAAAACAAAGAGAAUGACACAUUUGGUAUUUCAAACAACCAAAUAGCUUUGCCCCAAUGAACUCCGUUUAGCUUAAUGCUAACACAUACUGGGAAACGCCAUUGACUAGCUAACACAUAGCACCAGUGUCUCGGUAUUAUAACGCUUUAAGCAGACAAAAUAACAAUCAAAAUUUGGCCCUUGAGCACAAAAGUUUGCCCACCUCUGAUUUCGAGGGACAUUGUGGAAUGUGAGCUGCUCUUCUUCUUCUUCUUCUUCUUCUUCUUCUUCUUCGUCUUCUUCUUCUUCUUCUUCGUGUUCUUCUUCCUCUCCGUCUCAAGCUGCUUUCCUCAUGAUUUCUCUUCUUGUUUUUUUGUUUCGUUUCGUUUUUCCCUCUGAAUUGUGAACGCGAGCGUGGGAGACCCCGUCGCGGGCGUCAUGGCUCCUCUCAUUGCAUGCACUUUAUUAGGGACACGUGACGCAUGGCUGUGUUUGUAAAUAAAGUGGUCAUCAGCAUUUUAGGUUGCAACCCCAAAACCCGACCCCAUCAGUUAUGAUAGGUUCACAUCCACGAGCUAUGACAGGUUCACAUAUGCCUUUCUUUCAGUUUUUGUGCCUUUUUAUUUUUUAUUUGUAUUCUUUUUUUAUUUUUUAUUUAUUUGUUCAUCAGACUUGUUGUACAUGACCAAUGGUGAGAAUUGUGCUGUUUUUUGAUAUGAAUAUUUGUACUUGAGUAUAUAGCUAGAACACGCCCACCGAUACCGGUCUAUUUACUCACGGGACGGAGCUUACAAUUUUUUAUCGCUAUCGUAUAGUUGUGAGAGAUUGUACCAUAACGGCGGACAGAAUUACACACACACGCGCUGGAUUAUUCGUGGAUUAUUCACUAGGGUUGCAAAGGUACAAUUAGGAGGAGUUGGACACUUUUCAUGGGAUUGUAACUUUAUACGGUAUAACUUAAUAGCACAUUCAUUGAAAUACCUGCAAAUUCCAAGUGAUUUUUACAAAAGUAGUUUACGAUUUGCAACGUUUUUGGUUUACUUUUGUAAAAAAACAAAAAAAAAAAACAAAUUCAAAAUGUGUUCAUGAUUUAUAUAUUUUUAUCUAUUUAAUGUAUCAAUGAUUUUGGUGUAAUUGAUGUAUUUAUAUAUUAUCCAUGUAAUUAUUCUCUUUAAAAUUAAUUAGAAUGGAAGCAAAAAAAAACUGUUAAAAUACAUUGUAAUUCAAAUAUAAAUAGUAUUCAAAGUGAUAAGGAUUUUUAAAAAUCAAAAUUUAUAUUGUUUUGUUUUGACAAAUUGCCACUUCCAGGCAUUUAUUGUUCCCCCCCCCCCCCCCCCCCCCCAAAAAAAGUAAAAAAAAUACAAAUAAAAAUGUGGACCCAUGCUUUAAGCACUCUUUGAAAUACUUGGACAAUCCAAAUAAAAUUGCUGAAUUUUAUUUUAUUUUUUGUACUUUUAAAUUAUUUUCCUUUAAUUUUAAUUUAAUUCAUUUAUAGUUAUUUAAUCAACAAUAUCCAAUUUGUUCACUUAUUUUAUUCAAGUAUUUAUUCUUUUAGCAAAUUAUUACCCUGCAAAGUGAAUUAAAUCAAUUAAAUUAUAAUCCUACAAAAUAAAGUCCCUAAAAAUAAAUUAGAAUCAAAUAAAAGUAUAUCAAAUAAAUGUUAUGUCAGUAAAUUUAAAUAAUAAAAAAAUAAAUAAUAAUAAUUGCACAAAUAGUUUUCAAUCACUAUGUUCAUUUACCAUGGCAUAACAUGAAUUGUUGAAAAAAAUAUAACGUCAAGCAACUUCAUUAGAAAAGCGCUCGCUAAUUAAUUUUUCCGGUUACUUUAAUCUGUUAACUUUUUGGGGUGUCCUUUCUUAACUGAUUGGCUGGUAGAAAUCACAUGACCCCUAAAAAAAUAUGCAGGAAAACUACAGGCUGCACUUAUAUUUUUAUUAAGAAACAUAUUUCUUUAUUGAA